GAGCGGGACAGGCCCCACGUCGAGGGGCGUCAGGCCCGCAGCAGGGGUGCGAGCGAGGACCCGCAGAGCCCCCGGGGCCCCCUGUUAUUUCUCUGCUUCCCUUUGCCACUGGGCAGCACCAAACAAAACCGUCUCUCUCCUGGGACUGCUGCAGCCGAGGCGAGUGUAAGGCAGAGAAAGGAUGUCGGAGAAUGACAGGUGUGCCAAAAUGGAGCAAUACAUUGGUGAAAUUAAAGGUGGAUUGAGACCAGCCAUGAAAAUCACUGUCAUAGGGAUGGUGCAUUCCAAUCCCAAGAGCUUUGCAGUGACUCUGCUCUGUGAUCCAGUGGAUGCAAACAAAGAUGUUGGGCUGUUACUUACAGUUAACUUCAGUGAGAAAUCCAUCACCCGAAAUGCACGAAUUGGUGGAAAAUGGGGAAGAGAAGAGAAAAUUAUUCCCUACUUCCCAUUUACAGCAGGUGACACAUUUAAGAUGGAGCUGUUAUGUGAACACCAGCAAAUACGGGUCUUGGUUGAUGGACGGCAGUUCUGUGACUUCACUCACCGUAUUCAGGCCCUGAACUUGGUGAAAGCUUUACAGAUCACAGGGGACAUCAAGCUUACCAAAGUGGCCUGAUAAAAAAGAAGAUCUCAGUGUCAUCAGGGGACAAAGACAAAUGAAGAGUUCUCAUGAACUGAAAGGUUUCAACAGCUGUGGAUUUCACAGUCUUCUCUGGAUCAGCCCUGUGCAAUGGUAUCUGUAGCUGAAACUGCAUUGCUUGUUCUUAUAUCUGAUUAAAGCUGCAUCUUCGCUGGCAAACUUCUGUAUUAACUUUGUUAAAUAUUUCAGUGCAUUUAAGUGAUAUGCUGAUAUUUUGUUGCUGUAGAUUUACAAAAGAUUCUUAAAUACGUGACU